ACUACACGCGCGAAUCUCGUCUUCCAACACCCGUGGCACGCUCCUUCACGCGCCUUCUCGGUCUCACGUCCGCAUCCGGUUUUUUUCACAAGCGAAAGGUUUAAUUUUCGAGCUUGAGGUUAUAUCUGAUCGUACUAAGCAAUUUCUUGAAUCUCUCUCGCUUCCUCUCCACCCAGCGCAAUGGAGAAAAAAGACGAGGACUUGAAGAAGGCUCAGAUGCUGGACGCUAGAGCCAGAAACAUCAGCCACAAUGUUCGUUGCACUGAGUGUGGGAGUCAGUCCAUUGAAGACUCGCAGGCAGAUAUCGCUAUCCUCCUUAGACAGCUUAUCCGCGAUGAGAUAGGAGCUGGAAAAACUGACAAAGAGAUCUACAAUAAGCUCGAGGAUGAGUUUGGGGAGACGGUGCUUUAUGCCCCAAAAUUUGAUCUGCAGACGGCGGCAUUGUGGCUAACUCCGGUUCUAGUUGUUGGAGGUGCUGCUGCUGUGUUGGCUUACACGAAGCACAGGCAAAGGACGAAUGUACACAUCAUGGCGCUGGAUCUUAUCAGAGGUGUUCCAUUGACUCCAAAAGAGAGAGUUACCAUUCUCGAUGUUCUUAUUCCACCUCCACCUCCUCCUCGGGGACUGGCUUCCCGGUUUAGGACAUGGCUUAACCGGUAGUUCCCUUGUCUCCUUAGCUUUGUUGUUCCUGAGUCAGAUAUUAUGGUUCUUAGCCAAAUAAACAAAUAUGUGGAAGGAGUGAGUACCACAUUUUGAUUGUCUUGGAGAAACUGAACGGGGACUGGUUUUGCGUCCUUCAUGAGCAAUUUUCUUGCCUAUAAAGUUGAAACAUAGAUUCGUCCAUAGGAAUAUCAUUUAAGGAUAGUUAAGCGAAUGUGUGAUACUUGUUUGUAUCUUUGAUGUGGAAUUGAAAACAGAGAGCGGGUCGUUGUUAUUAAGCU